AUGCAGCAAGAUCUCAGGAAGCUCCCAGGCUUCCACGAGGUGUCCUCGAACCAAUGGCCGGCGCUGUUCAAAGCAAAGAUCGACCAGUGCAAUGUCAUAUUUGACUUUACCGAUAUAACUUGUGAUGUCAAGUCCAAAGACAUCAAGCGACUUGCCUUGUAUGAGCUAAGGGACCACGUUGCUAGCAAAGAGCAUGUCCUAGCAAACUCCAUCUACAAGCAAGUCGUCGACAUGUUCGGCAGAAACGUUUUUCGAACAAUACAGCCACCAACAUACCGCCAGCCCGAACUCUUCGAUAUUGAGGACGAGCCAACUCUGGAGGUUGCUUGGCCACACAUUAAGGCAGUAUAUGAAUUAUUCCUGGGGGUCAUGGAGAGUCAUGAUUUCGACAUCAAGACGGCUAGGGCGUACAUCGACCAAAACUUCGUGCUCCAGCUCUUGCAACUUUUUGAUUCUGAAGAUCCCCGUGAGCGAGGUUUGUUAAAGGCCACGCUCCAUCGCAUAUAUGACAGGUUCCUCAGCCUACGAUGCUUCAUCCGACAAUCCAUCAACCAGAUGCUCCUUCAGUUUAUCUACGAAUCCGAGAGGUUCAACGGUGUUGCUGAAUUUCUCGAAAUCCUUGGCACCAUCAUAUACGACCUCGUCAUGCCUUUGAACGAGGAGUAUAAAACCGUCCUAACCCGCGUUUUGCUACCACUGCACAAGCCUACGAUACUUAGUAAGUACCAUCCGCAGCUUGUUUCCUGCGUCGUGCAAUUCCUAGAAAAGGAUACAUCGGUCACUGAAGAGGUGGUCCGGGGGCUGUUGCACUACUGGCCAAAGGUCGACAGUGCCAAGGAGGUGAUAUUCUUAUAUGAGGUCGAAGACAUCUUGGAAGUCAUAGAUCGUGCCGAAUUUGUGAAGGUCCAGGAGCCUCUUUUCAGGCAAUUUGCUAAAUCUGUCACUAGUCCUCAUUCCCAGGUGGCUGAGAAAGCACUGAGCUUCUGGAAUACAGAGCAGUUCCGCAACCUCGUAAGACCAAAUGUAGAGGUCAUCCUACCAAUCAUGUUCGACCCUCUGUACGGGAACUUCAGUUGCCAUUGGAACAGGUACCAGGCCCGUCUGUCGCCAGCUGGAUCACUAGUAACACCAUUUAGGGCGGUCCAACGCCAGAUGUACUAUGUCAUGGAAUUUCUCGUGGACACCAACCCACGACUGUUUGACAGCUGCAUGAAUCAAUAUCCAGCAGAACGAGAAAAUGUGGCAGCACGAGAAGCACUGCGUAAACUUAGGUGGGCAGGCUUGCAGGAAAAAGCGAAUCAGCGAAUAUCGGCUAGUACGGCCCAGUCCCACUUGCUGGAAAGCUCGACCGAGGAGCAAUAG